AUGAUUGAUAUUGUAACGUUGAAAGAACCACAACAGGUGUUUUCUGUUGUUACUAUAGCCACAAUAGGUGUGGCUGGUGGUUUAUUCGUUGUCAUAGUAUUGAUAACGGUUUUCAUCAUAAUACCAUUCUGUCGCCGUAAAAGCAAUAAAGACAAAGACGGAUCACAGUUCCUACGCCGGGAAUGUUUGAACCAAGGUCGGAAGGGUCCAGUACAAUCUGUAAUAAACAAUACGUAUGAUUCAGUACAUCUAGAUAAUCAAUAUGAAUCUCUUCGUGAGGAUGCUAUUGUUUCGACAAAAGGCAAUCAGAGCAGGCCUAGAGAUAAGAAGGCCGAAAAUGUAGACGCCAAAGAAACAUAUUUUAAUGAGCCACCUAUGCCUCCAGAUAUAAAGAAUAUUAAACGAAGAAGUCUCAGGAAACAAGUUCUAAACCACACAGAACAGCACAGAGCGUAUGCAAAUCAGACAAACUUAGCAGAUCUUCCUACUGAUCAAUCUACAGUAAGGGUAGAAUCAGUGCAUCUUACUGAAAUGAAUGCAUACGAAGACAUGGCCAAAGAAACAAAAGUGAAAACAUCAAUAAAGAAACCAACCGUAAAUAAAACAUCAGAAAGCAAUACUCAAAUGUACGAAUCUAUGAAGGAUGACCGAACAUGUGAUAAAACGUCAAAGUCACAAAAUGGCAAGUAA